UCUUCCUGAAUCCGAAACAACCUACCCUCCACAAGCCCUUGCCGGACAAMUACCUAGGCAGAAAUCAAAGAAACACAAUACUCUAUUCAUCGAGUCUAGCGACAAAACAAAAGAGCACCAUUUCUUUCUUUCCUGUGGGCCACGGGUACAAACAACAGUACUCAACAAUUAUCACCGURCAGUAUAGAAACACGAGACAAGACACUCUAUCAUGGCCAGCCGCGAUUUGACAAACGCUUAUUUUGAUCGCAGGGCAUCCGCCCUAAAACGAAGAAACGCUCUCGGAAGCCCGACCAGCAAUGGCGGCAUCGGUGACGUGGGCUCCACUUCGAAAAAGAAACGAGGCAACCGACUUACCGCCGGUGUACACAACGACGACAGCCAUUCCCUGAUGCUUAUGGAGGUGCGUUGCACGCCAAAGGCGAUUUUUUCUUGGURUCGUUGCUUGUGAAUCUAAAAAAUAGAAGCCAUAGCUGUACCUUUGUGUGCUGCAGUCGUGAUUUAUUUGGUUUUUAUAUCGAGACAAUCACCGUCCAAGUGACGAUCUUCAUUCGGAUCGAAUCAUUUUCCUCAACUUUUUGUGCCAUAACCAAUGUUAUUUCGUUACGUUACAUCAUGCCACGUCGCGUGUCGUCAUUUCUUCAAACAAUACCUCUGUGACCAAACAUUUCACGGUGUGUUGGACACCGCYCUACAAACUUGUGGUGCUUUUGUGCGAUCCAUUGAACAUCACGUUUUAUGUGUGAUAUUCGUUUUUAUAAUCUCGAUCAAACUACAAAUCAAACAAAAUAUCAAUAUUAACUGGGCAAACGUAUCAAAACGCAAAACACAYGGAACACUGAAAAAYGGAUGCAACGAAAUUGAUUGGAACAAAAUAAUGACGAUGUGAUCAAUUACAAUGCAGGAAGGAGACGGAAGCAGCGACGGCAUUCAAAUGACAAGUCUCAAUAAACCCCAGCAACAAAACGAACCGACAUGGGUCGGAGAUGUGGACCAGGUCAAGUCGAUUCUCCAGGAGAUACGCCGACAAAUGGAAGACUUGCAGGCCCUCCACGCUUCCCGCGUCGGGUCUGUCUUCGGGAAAGACCUGGACGAUAUGGAGAACCGAAUCGAAAACUUGACCCGCGACAUCACAGACCGAUUUCGGAGGGCCGAGCGAAUUCUCAAAAAAGUCGGAGCGGCCACCCGCCGCGCGGGAGGAGAGGAGGCGGCAAUCGGUGCAAACGUACAGCGGAGCCUGGCAAAACAACUGCAAGAACUCAGCGUGAGCUUUCGGCAAUCCCAGCGCAAGUAUCUUGCAGAAGUCCAGGCACAGAAAAGCGGAGGAUUUGACGGUGUCACCGGAACCACAAACGAUCACUUUUUGGGAAUCGGAGACCUUUCGACGGAUCCGUCGGGAGGGAGUUUCUUCACGAGUCAGCAGGUUCAGGUAGUGGACGACCUACAAGAAGCGAUUGAAUCUCGAGAUCAGGAAAUUUCCAAGAUUGCCCAAUCCAUCGAAGAACUCGGAACUAUCUUYAAGGAACUAGCAGUACUGGUCAUUGACCAAGGAACGAUUUUGGACCGGAUUGACUACAACAUGGAAGCCGUCGUUGAGAGUACCAAAACCGGUGUCAAACAACUCGAACGCGCCGAGAGGGCUCAACAGAAUGCCAGGCCGAUGAAAUGCAUCGCGUGUUUGGUCGUCACUAUUUUCAUUCUGUUGGUCAUUUUGGUCCUAAAGCACAAACGAUGGGGUUAAUACGACGAAAUCUUAAAGGAUUAUUGUCGUUGAGGAACAAUCCAUCCAUUCAUUAGGCACUCACUGAGAUGCGUAAAUCACAAAGUACGUGUACAUAUAAACCUAACUGMUGAAU